AUGCGUCCCUCCUCGCGCCGGCGAGUGGCCGCCUGGCUGCUCGCGCUGCCGUUGGGGAGAGGCGGAGAGGAAUGCGCGCGCCGCGGCCGCCUGGAGAUGAUCUCGUUCUGGCUGCUGUGCUGGAAGCUGCUGAGAGCUACAGCGGGACUGAGGAGGACAACCCCUGAGCUGACAGACGGUAGCCCCGACGACGGUAGUUCCAGCAGCAACAACCCUGUCAGCGACUCUCCCACUCCUGCACCGCCAGUGGAUUCGGUUACCAUGGAGAUCAGCUCCUCACCCCCACUAACAGACCUGGAAAGAGACAACUUGUUUAGCUGCCACAGCCAGCAAGAAGAGGAACUCCAUUACCCAGAGGGCCGUGGGGUGGAGGAAGCAGCUGCGGGGGAAGAAAAUGGAAAAGGAGACGAGUGUGAUUAUCUUGUCUUUGAGAUUGGAGAGAAGGGAAGAGAAAGAGGAGGGGAAAGUGAAGGAGGAGAAGAUGAGGAAAGAGGGAAAGUAGAUGGAGAAGAUGGAAACAGGGGAGAAACAGAAGAGUGGGGUAGAAGGGAAGUAGAUGGAGAAGAUGAAGGGCGGAAGACGACAGAGGGGGAGGAUGGAGGGAGUGUGGAAGCAGAGGUAGAAGAUGGAGAAAGAGGAGGCAUGAAAGAGGAGGAUGGAUGGCUCGAAGAAACAGUGGAUGACAUGAAAGACGACACUCUCGCAGAUCUCCUCCUCAUCACUGACAGUUCAUCUGCAGAGCCGCCGCUCGACACCACGGAUCCCUCACAGGCCUGGAGCCACGACCUCGGCAACAGAGACGACCUUAGCGACAGUCACCUUAGUGACUGCCUCCAAGCAGAGCUGGCCAUCGUGUACUCGGAUAGCGAUGCAGGGGAGGACCAAUGGGCGGCCUUCGCUCCCAGUGAUGUCACCAACCAGGUAGAAGGAGGGAUUCCUGACAGUAUAUGUGGUGGAGAGAACAAGCAGGAGAAAUUAGAAGGUGAUGAGCUACAAGUAGAAACCAGAAGAGAGGAGCAGAGAGAGCAGGACAGGAAGGAUGACGAGGAGCAGAUGAGGACGAGGAGGGAUCUUUUCCUGCGAUCCCCUUCGGUCAGCUCCACAACCAGUUCCACCGACCCUGACAGGAGGGUUCCUGUAGAUUUCUGCGUGCACCAGGACACCCUCAGUGAAAACGUCUCCACUGAGCAUGUGGACUUCCUGUUGGCUCGCCAGCAGUGGAGGAAGAUGGAAGAGGAGGUGAAAGGUCGGCCCAUCCCCAAACCUGGACUUAGAGCUCAAGGGAGCUUCCAGGGAACCCACACUUCACUGUAUCCCCCGACUCGAAGCCCCCGACUCAAACACAGGGAAAUUCAACCUCCCGUGUCCAGGGAGCCUCCUUUGUCCUCCACCAUGUCCCCCAGUUCAGAGGACUCGGGUCUGGAUGACUCGUCAUAUCGCAGCCCGCUGGAGGAACCAGAGAGUGCGGUGGAGAGAGAGAUCCGAAUGACUCUGGAGAGAGAAGAACGACACCGCAGAGAGAGAGGGAUGAUCGCACAGGGCCUGAGUAUUCCCAGACCGUCCACCCUGCAGACAGGACGAUCUCCUCCCAGACCUCCGGCCUGCCGAACCCCGACUCUGUCUGUCUCCCCGUCUCCUUCCUGCUCCUCUUCCCUCCCCAGAUCCGUGUAUCAUGAAAUGACGGCAAACAACGUCAUCAUCCUGGAGCCCGACUCCUCCAGCUCCACCUCCAGGAACCGCCUGCUCUCCUCAGCCAUCGGCGGCCUCUCCGAUUGGCCGGCCAGCCAGGACGCGGUGCCCUCCGCCAACGUCAUCGUUGUGGAAACUUCCAACCUGAUCAUUCGCAGCGCCUCUGAGUUCUGCCUGAGCUCUGGCCCCCUGUCCGUGGAAACGCAGGAAAGCACCUUCACGUCCAAUCCGUUUUUUAAGCUGCGGUCCCUCAGCAGCCAGUCGUUGGUGGAGCAGGAGAUCCGGAUGGUGAGGCAGAGGGAGGAGGAGUGGAGGAAGCAGAGGGAGGAGAUGUGGAGGAGGAGGAGAGAGGAGGAGUGGAGGAGAGGGAGGGAGAGGUACGACACUGUGCUGGUGUCUCCCAGCCUCAACGAGAACAUCAGCUUCAACGUGCCAGAGGUUCUAGACAGAAGUGUCUCGUCCCCAUCGUCUCCAUCCAGGACCCGCAAAAUGGAACGAUCUAGUUUGUCUUGUGACCACAAGUUCCCUCCGUCCCUCUCUUCGGUGCCUCGACGACAGAACGCCAUGGCGCAGAGAUGGGAGGCCUCCCUGUUAGCCAAUCAGAAGAAGGAGUGAGCAGCAGUCGCGCUCGCCUGUCCGCCAUUUUAACAGCCAAAAUCCUACACCCGUUUCUUCCUUGUUCUGUCCAGAGAAUUCAAACGCUCCUGUCUGUCAGCAGUCAGUGUCUACGGAAAUGUUUGUCAAAGGGUUUGAACCCAAAAUGCGCCACAAGUGUGUUUUCUGCUG